CUCGAGCCAGCGAUGAAGCGUGCUCUGUCGACCGCCGGCUCUCCACCACCUGCGUCUGCGCCCAAGCCCAAGAAGCCUCGCGCGGCGCGCCCCCGCAAGCCGACCAAGAAGGCUCAGGCUGCCGCCGCCGCAGCAGCAGCAGCCGCAGGAGGCGACGCCGGGUCGCCCGGCGCGAGCGGCGCAGACUCGCCAUUCCCAGUCGGCGCGAGCAGCCCGCCUGCUGCAUCGGCGAGCGCGGUCGGGUCGCCAGCGCGCGGGCGGAGCGCGAGCGUCGCGGUCGAGGGUGGGGCGGGCAGGGGGCGGGCAGGGACGGCCGAGGAGGGCGGUGCGGCGGGAGCUGAGCCUGGGCCGCCCCAGGGCGAGGCUGAGGAGCCUGAGGACGCCGAGGACGAGUUCGGCAGCAACCAGCGCGAGGCGGCCAAGCAGAAGGAGGACGUGCGCGUCCUGCUCGACCACUUUGACGAGGCGCAGAACGACCGGUACGACACGUACCGCCGCAGCGGCCUCAACAAGGGCUCGGUCAAGAAGGUCGUCAACCAGGUCCUCGGACAGUCCGUCUCGCAGUCGAUCGUCACGGUCGUGCGCGGUGUCGCCAAGGUCUUUGUCGGCGAGCUCGUCGAGAAAGCUCGCGCCGUCAACCCGCACGCGGGCUCGCUCACGCCGCAGGACCUGCGCGAGGCGUACCGGCUGUACCUCGAGGAGCACGAAGGUGCGGGCAUGGGCGGUGCGACGCGUCGCAAGAAGCUGUUUGUGCGGUGAGCGAGGGCGAGCGCUGGCAAGCUCUCUCGACUCGAGCGACGUCCCUGUCUUUGUCGUAGCUUUCCCCUCUCUGUUGUCACACGUACGCGGUUUCUCUCGC